AUGCGCAAGUUCAUCAAUUUGCUCCGCUACGAUGGAGCCAACAGUUCUCUCAAUUUCAUCUUGUUUACCAUCUCUGAGUUUCUGGUGCUGUCAAACAUUCUCCUGGUAUUCUUGAAUGAAACAGACAACGUGGAAAAAUGUGUUCUAGCAGCAAAAGACUUUGUAACGUUGGCAUACUUCUACACAAGUAUGUACAAGCGAUUCCAGCAACCACAAGCAGGCAUAAGAUUGACUGAGACAAUUGAGGAAGAGUACCUCAUCGACUGCUAUCGUCUGGAUUACAACGAACAAAAAUGGAGAGACAUAAAACAGCAUUACGAGAACAACAGGAGUCAUUUAGAACAGACGGGCCGUUUAUUCAACAUAUUGACCAUAUCAUGUAUGGCUGGAAUAACAACCAGAUACGCCAUUUUUGAUUUAGCAAAGUUAUUUUUUGGAGGUAGAUCGAUGAGAGGCAAGCCAACUCCUUUCGUCGCAUAUAUUCCGCCCGACGUCGACCAGACAGAUUUUCUCGUUUACAUAUUCGUGUUGCAAGUUUUUCUAACAGCUAUACUUCAUAUGGAAGGUUAUUUCAUAAACUGCGCCCUGUUCCAAUGUUCCCAAAAAAUAUUGACAAACUUUGAGGCGAUGUACAUUAUCAUAGAUCAUAUAGCUGAGAACUAUCCAAGUUCUUCAUCACUUGACUUUUAUGACAAAAAUAUUGAACAAGCGAGAAAUAAUGGGUUCUUCAACACUGAUAAUGCACGAACAGAAAAGCUUCGAGAAGAUAUGAGACUCCUGGUUAGAUCUCACCAGCAUCUUAACAGAUCCGUGAAAAGUUGUGUGAAAUGCUUCGAAUACGGAAUACUUGCAUUAAGUGUCCUAAUAAGUAUGGAUACAUGCUCUCUCUUUUACUCCAUGUUACAGGCAGAAAGUAACAUCAUAGUCAUGAGCUACCUACUAUUAUGCUCAACCUACACGACUCUAUUACUUCUGGUUUAUUACAUAGGACAGCGUGUUACAAAUCAGAAUGAUCUAUUCCGACGAGGACUAGCCAAGCUUCAGUGGAUAGGCAAACCGAUCUGGUUCAAGCGGACGUUACUCAUAAUGAUGAUAAAAGCUAAUACUGACAUCGAAAUAAAACCAUACAGCCUUUAUGUCCUGAACCUAACAUCAUACAAAGAUAUCAUGAAGGCUGCUUUCACUUAUGGUAAUAUAAUGUACAGCAGAAAAUCAACUUAGUGCUGUCAGACAAUACUGAUGAAAUUCGAUAAAGAAGGAUUUUGAGGAAUCUGCUAAUGUGCCCAAACUUUGAUAUACAUAAUACAUGUAUUACUAACAAUGCAUUUAUAGCGAUAAAGAUCUGAGUGAAUUUGUGGUUGUGAAUUUAUAAUUUGAAGUGUGUAUUUUAGAGUGAACUCAAAUUUGUACUUCGAUUCCAAGUGAGUCAAUGUAUAUUAUGGUUUUUCAUCAAUAUCAAUAAUUAUUAUUGAUGGAACA